AUGGCAUGCUUAGAGAUGUACAACUCGGAGCACAAGGGUCGCCAUCACAAUCAUCACUGCGCUCCAGUGAGUCCCAGAAUUUCUUUCUCGAACGACUUUGCGGAUGCUCAGCAAGCCACCAAGCAGGAACACAGCAGCGCCAGCAGAUCAGAGGUUCCUGCAGUGUCCUCAGAUUUCGAGUUUUCUGUCACCAACUACUCCAUGAUGAGUGCUGAUGAGCUUUUCUUCAAGGGAAGGUUGUUGCCCUACAAGGAUACCAAGAGGGCCACCACCACUCUCAGGGAAGAGCUCCUUGUGGAUGAUGAUGAUGAGGGGUUCCAAGACUUCUCUCUCAGGCCUCCCAAAGGCUCUUCCACUAGGUGGAAAGGCUUUCUGGGUCUCAGGAAAAGUCACCUUGGAUCCAAGAAGGUUGACAAGAGUGAAGGCUCUUCUGACACAGUUGUUGAGACAAGAAGAGCUAGUUUGUUCAACGAGGGAGCUAGGCUUAAUGUCAAUUCACAGGAGUUGUUGAAUGAAGGAGGAUCAGGUAGCAGGGAUGUUGAGAUUGGGUUAUAG